CCUGCGCGCCGCCCCCACCUGCCCGCCUCUCGCCGUUCCCGCCCGCCGCCAGGCAGCGAGGAGCCGGAGCCGGCUCGCCUCAGGGGGGCUGCGAGCCGCGGCAGCCUGACGAGGCAAGGCGGCUGCGGAGCCGCUGUCCCGUCCCGUCCCGUCCCCACCCGGCCGGUGCGGCGUCCCCGCAGCCUCGUCCCGUCCCCGCGGUGGCCGCUCAUGAGGUGAAGAUGGUGAUCCGCGUCUUCGUCGCCUCCUCCUCGGGCUCGGUGGCGAUAAAGAAGAGGCAACAAGAUGUGGUGAGGUUUCUGGAAGCCAAUCGCAUAGAGUUUGAAGAAGUGGAUAUCACAAUGUCAGAGGAGAAAAGACAGUGGAUGUACAAAAACAUUCCUGAGGACAGACAGCCUGCACAAGGCAAUCCACUGCCACCACAAAUAUUCAGCGAUGAUCGGUACUGUGGAGAUUAUGAUGGCUUUUUUGAAUCAAAGGAGAGCAACACUGUAUUCUCCUUUCUUGGACUGAAACCUAAUUUAGCAUCAAAGGAGUCAUAACCCUAGAAAACAUAUCUGAACUAUCAACAACCGCAUCUUCUGGAUGAAUGACCCUGUUCUUCAGCACACGACAGCUUCACUUAUGGAUCACUGUGAUAGAGCAAACAAGCAUCCUUAGUAGUAGUCUGCUUGCCAUGAGACGGUGCUCUCCAACAAUACGGAGUUAAUAACAUGUAUAUGGAAUAGGAUUAAGUCUGGGCUACUGAUCUUCCUUUUUAAAAUAUUCACUGUUGGUGUUUCACUUUUGUCUUUGGAUUGCUUUUGCAGCUGGCACUGAUAUUCUAAUAGACACAUGUUUAAAGAUAAGAAGUGGAAGUGUGGGGCUCUGUCAUUCAUGGGUAUACUCUCAUAGUCAGGUUCCUUACCUUUUUUAAUCUUUCCAGCUACUGAAAAGCUGAAGGUAGCUCGUCAUGACAGUUAAAGUACUGGUGGUUAUUAGAAUGUUUGUGCUAGCUAUCAUUCAGAGGGUAAAAACUGUUGAUCUUAAGAUCUCAGUCCAAGCCAAUAACUGCUGUAUUUUUGCUAUACAUUUAUUUAUUGUUAUGUUUAUGCUAGAUCAUGUUUAUUGUAAGAAACACGGGUUGCUAACCUUUUUCAUGAAACCUUGAUUUGCCUCAUGAUGCACAUUCCAACUGGUUGUUUAAAAACAGUUGUUAUUGUGGAGGGGGUGCCAAAGUGAAAUAUUUUGACAUGGUUCCUUUUCCAAAUGAAGGUGAAAGGCAGGUGAAAACACUUGGUGGAAUUAUACUUGGUAGGUCAGAAGAGGUCUUAUAGCUAAAGAUUACAUUGGUAUUUCUUUACUGAGAAAGACUUAACACCCAAAAUUGGAACUUUAUAAUUGGACUGUCUUAAAAUGAAUUUUUGCCAAAACUUUGAGUCAAUUUUUAAUAAAACACAGCUCCACCAUUAGACACAAGGAAGUCAGAAGGACAACCAAUUAUGUGGGAAAGCUUCUUUGCAAUGCCAAGCCUCGGACUGUGGCUUGAAGGAAGCCCAGCUUCUUGUAAAAAGUGUCAGAAAGCAGCCCUGUCUGUGUAACAAAUCACAUGUUCUAUUAAAAUGAGUAAGCGUGGCAUCCUAGUCAGGUUAGUUGGAAAGGACAACUGGAGAUCAUCUGGUCCAGCCUUCUCAAAAACAGGGCUGACACCAACACUAGCUCAGGUCAGUUGUGAGGUUGUUUAGCAGUGUGUUAGAAACAUCCAGAGCUGGAGAUCUUGUAACCUGUGCUGAUGCUGCAGUACUCUCCUAGUGUCAAGCAUGCACUCCCUGGUUGUAAUUUGUGGCCGUUGCCUUUCCUAUAUUUUCUGUUACUCAUGGGAAGAGUUUGGCACCAUCCUUUUUGUGCCCUCAAGAUAGUUGUAGGGCAUUAUUAGAUCACCUCUUAGCCUUCUUGUGCCAGACUAAACAAGAAUAGCUUCAUUAACUUCUGUUCGUAGGUUCUGCUUUAGGCACCUGGCUGCUUUGGUGUGGUAGAGGGCUACUCUCUCCAGUUUCCUCACAUCCCUCUUGAACUGGAGAAAGGUCCCCAAAGUGGGCGCAGUAUUUUGGAUGUGGCCUCAUCUGAGUAGAGGGGGAUAACAACUUUGCUCAGCCUGCAGGCCACACUUGUCUUGAAAUAGUCCACUGCAUUUUCCCCCUCUUUGAAGCAAGUGCACUGCUGGUUUAUGACCAGCCUGGCUUUCACCAAAACCCCAAUCCCUUUCAGCAAGGGUUUUACUCUGUCAGUCACUUCCCAACCUUUACUGAUGCCUCACCACCCCCAAGGACAGAGCUUUACACUUAGGGAAUACCUAUAUGAAUUUUCCCUUUAGUAUAAAGGCAAGAAAGCUUUGAAAAAGGAGUUGUUAAGUUUUAAAAGAUGUCCAUCCACCGGUUAAUUUCCCUUCAGAUCCUCUGGUGCCUCCUCAGCUCAGUUAAAGGAACUAGAUGGAUUAAGAGCACGCACAGAUUUCAAGUCCAUGGUUGCAUUUACUAGUCAAAAUCUUCAUUAGAGCACCUUCUCUAGAGGACUCCUUAAUGGAGUUGAUAAUGUGCAUAUAUAUGUGUGUAUGUAUGUAUAUACAAGUAUAUGUAUAUGCAUUUCUAGGAAGUAUGUUGUAUGUAGUAAGUUAUUGUGAUAUUCUUGUCACCAUUCCCAUAUUUUGAUGAGACUUGAACCUCACUCUAAGAAGGGAAUGUGACAUGAGGCGGAGCUGUACAUUAACAAGUUAUAUAUAAUAUUCCUAAAAAUAAAAAAGUUAAAGAAAAAUAUUUAACUUUGAAAAAAGAAUACAGAUACAAAUUUACAUAAUUACGCAGUUAAUUACAGAGAAGCCAUCCUGGAUUUAUCAUGUACUUGAUAACGUUGUAAACUUAGAAAACUGCCUGAAGUCCCAGUUUCGAAAAACUCACAUAAGUGGGUAAGUGUAUCCGCUGGAGUAAUCCUGGGUGGAAUCCCAGGCUUACUGAUGCGGAAGGCAAAAUCACACUGAUUUCUCCAGGGAUGAAAUUAGUUUCACAAAACUCCUCUUGAAUUUUGAUAGUCGUAAAAUUGAAGUCUCCAGUUCAGUGGAGAGCAAGUUCUGCUGUGGCUGUUGGGCAACAGUGGCGUGUUUCAGAGCAUGCAUGUGGGUGACAUUGGCUGUGCAGAGGACGGCACUAGCUCCAAGCACAUCCUGCUUGCUCACAUGGAUCGGCAGUGCAAGUCCGACGGAGUGUUUGCUUUUGAAUUGUAUGUGGCUAGCUUAUAAAAAAGAGAGUCUAUGUGUUGCUUGAGUGUGAAUUGUGUCUGUUGUGGAACAGCCUUAUUUUUGUAAUGAAAGCAAGCAGAGUUCUAGUUUGUUACACAAGAUGAUCUGGAAUUUUUUAACCAGUUUUGUAAUAAUGAAAUGUUCAGGUAACAGAAAAGUUCUGUGGAAAUGAGCCAUUUAUUGAAAGAAAUAGCAGAUUCCUAACGUUGUGUAAAAUACUUGGUAUAAAGGUGUGCUUGAGAACCAAAUAAUCCCAAUUUUUAGUUAAGAUUUGUACGUACCCCGCUCUUUAGAAGGGAGAGCAGUGUGAAUUAAAUUUUAAUCUUUGUACCUAGCUAAAGUUGCUGCGUGGGUUUACGUGCACCCACACACUCACUGUACCAGUGGCUUUGACAGAGAUGUUCUUGUUGGUGCCACACACUACUGGAUAGUGCCUUGCCAGAAGGAGGACUGGCGCAGGAUUAGCGCAGGAUCUUCUCAGAUGUGCUUGACUUUGAACUCAGAAAGAGGUAGUUUCUAUUAUUACUAUUUUUUUUAAUAAUGCAGUAAACUGAUGUUGGUGAGUCAAAAGACACGUGCUUUGUAGGGCAGAAACAGUUUUUGCUGAGUCUUCUAAACUCUUGAUUUUUCUUAGUAUGGCUUUCUCUCUUUUAUUAUUUUAUUGACUGUUUAUAAUCAAACCUUCCAAGGAAGUGGACAUGGAGUAAAAAGCCCCUAAAUCCAUCUUUCUGCUUUAAAAUAGCCAUCUUAUUCAGGUGUUGAGCGGCCCAAGUGCUAUCACUGAAAUGAAGAGGAGUUGCCAAGCUCUCAGCAGAUUUCUUGGUCAUCCCUCCCUGCCCCUGCCCCCAGUCAGGCCGUUUAUUCAGGGAGUCCAGUUAUUCUUGGACUACCAUGCUUCCGAAGUAGGAGCCUGAGAUGUGAGGCACGAGAACUGCUUCACAGCAGUGUAAGAGCGGGGUCUUCACCAGCUAGUGUCAAAUCCCAUCAGACUUAGGGGACUUGUCCACCGGUUUCACUGGAUCCUCACGUGCAUGGCGCGUGGAGGAGGGACCCCCGGGUACCCGCCCUGUGAGGCGAGCAGGAGUGGCAGACACAGGGGCAAAUGUCUUGUUUGCAGCACCCUCAGCAGCGGUUCUCACACCGGCCCUUUGGCUUGUGGCAUCUUACGUGAAAUCACACCGCUCCCCCCGCAGCACGGCCUGGCCUUCACUCCCUAAGGGAUUUGGGAGGGGAAACAGAGAACAGCUUCCUGGGAGCACCCCUUCAGCCAGGGCAGAUCCAGCGCACUCCCUUCUUUGCCUCUUCCUAACAUGCUUCGUCCCGUCCUGCGUAGACCUGUGCUCAAAGCUUCUCCCAACCAUUCCUGACGUCCCUGUGACGCAGCAAAUGCAGACCUGGUGUUCCCCUCCCCAGCCUCAAUGUUUCGUAUCUCGGCGGGGGAGGGAGCACGCUGCAUCCCAGACUGUGUACACGUGGAGUCUUAAAUUAUGUGUUAAAGCCGUGUUCAUCAAAUAAAAAAUGUUACUC